AAAGGAAAAUGAAGAUUGAAAAAAAUCAAGUGGGAGAAAAAAAGAAGUGAUUAAGAAAGGAAAUAUCUAUAAUCUAUCAAAUAACAACUAUGCAAAUAGAAGCGACAAUAUGUCAAUAUCAUUAACAAAGUAGUUGGAGUAGACUAGACCCGUUAAUUUCCUCUCCGGCAAAACUUCCAUGGAGGAAAAAUAAAAAACAAAUCGAUUAUUAUUGAAGAGAAGCUUUUUUUUUUUCAACACAUAGGCUAAGUAGACGCCAAGAUUCGAUUGCUUUCGGAUAACGUUACGCCACAAAGAAGAUCGAGGUUUUUCUUGCUGGAUUGGUCUCUUACUUGUAUGGACUUUAACAAGUUAUCAACUCGAUCAAGGUGGAAAGGUUUUACCAAGGGGUACUAAAUUCUUUGUGAUUAUGGAGAGGGUUUAUGAAUCAUCUAAUGGAAAUGGACCGACUAGUAAUGAUCACAUGCUUAUGAGGCACUCUCCUAAGUCUCCUUACCAAUCAUUCUCUAAGGGAUCAUUACGAUGGCUAGAUUUAAGAGUUUUCUAUGUCAGAGUAAGCAAGUGUGAAACUGAUGAAUCAACUCCUAUGCACCUUACUCUAAACCAUGUUCCUUUGAAUCCUGAUACACUUCUUGAAGUAAACGGUGUUAGAACCGGCAUCUAUUCUGAUGGCCCAUCAACCCUUCUUAGAAGGGAUAGGCUAGACAAAAAAUCGGAAGAAGCCACUUUUGUGAGCACGGAUAGCAUAAGGCUGACAGGAAGCAUGAAGUUCGAGGUUUUUAAUAAGGAUACUCUUCUUCUAUAUGGGGUUUUAGAGUUGUGUGAUAGAAAUGGUUGCACCAAAGAGUCAAAAGGAAGUGGCCCGAUGUGGAGCAUGAACUGUGAAUCAGUUAUAACUACAGGCACUGGUUUUCUCAAGACCAAACAAUUUCACAGUCCAAGUUCAACUUCACCUACAGUUGAGGUCUAUGUUGCAGGGUCAUUUUUAGGCUAUCCAAUUAUAUUAACUAGAACUUUACAGCCUAGUUUACGGAAGAAACAAAUGAAAGGGAUACUAGAUUCGAUACCGGAGCACGAUGCAACUGAAGAUCAGAAAGAAGCCAUCCCUUUUCAGAUGCUGGAUUACUUGAAUCACAAGUCAGAAAGUGAAGAACACAGGUAUCUGUAUUCAGGGUUGGACUAUUUUGAGGGGGAAGAUGGGGAGCUGUCGUGGUUCAAUGCCGGUGUGAGGGUAGGUGUCGGAAUCGGUCUAAGCAUCUGUGUGGGAAUCGGAUUAGGAGUAGGUUUGCUGGUUCGUACCUACCAAGGCACCACCCAUAACUUUCGAAGACGACUACUGUAACAAACAUUUUCACUUUGCGAAAUAAGUCCUCCAUAUUUCCCAUGGGCUAACUUAGAUGGUGUUUCUAACAUGUCUUCAUUGUGUGGAUUAGGAGCUCAUAAUUUGUGAUUAAAAAAAGGCCAUGAAAUAAAUUGGAUGUAUAUCAAUGACAAUGUAGUAAUCAAAUUAAUUUAUGUUAUGGGUUAUUUGUACCAUCAUAUUCAAGCUAA